CACAGCCAUACUCCUGGUUCGCCUCAGUUUUUCAGGUCAGGGAUGCUCCGUUAAAACAAAGGAAGGAGGUUUCCGUCCUGUGGGUGGUAAUUAUCAUCCAGCAUAGAAGACGGAAAAGUGGCAGCUUCAAAUCCACACUGCCACAUCACACACCGAGCUAUCUGGCAGCGUAAAGCACACCAACAUGCAGUUAGGACUUUUGCUGAUACUUCUUUUCUGGACGGAAAAUUCGUUUUGCGCCCCGCAGCAGAGUUGCCAUCCAGGAGACGAGUAUUUAGGAAGAUGCAGCAACAGCGGAUAUGAAGAAAAACCUAAAUGCACAGAGCUGAACCUGGGCUAUUGUAAUGAUUUGGAAUACUCCAGAACCAUAUUCCCUAACAUCCUUGGCCAUCGGAGUCGUUUGGAGGCAGAGUCAGGGGCAGAGUACCUCCUCUUAAGUGUCAUCCAUGGCCUUCUCAAUGGGGAGUGCUCCCCUGAGAUUCGUCUUGUGGGCUGCUCAGUACUCACCUCACCCUGCCGAGAUGGCAAGAUGGUCAAACCGUGCCGGACCACAUGUGAGGCACUGAGGAAGGACUGCUCCCAUGCCUUUGAGGCCAUUGAAAUGGCCUGGCCUUAUUUCCUGGAUUGCGACCGCUUCUUUGCCAGUGACCAAGAGGGCUGCUUUGAUCCACUGGCUGGGCUGAAAGUCAGACAGGAUCAAGCACUGUCCAGUCUCUCUCCUGAGGAGCCCAGUACAAUCAUUCAGUUCACGUACACCACCAAUGCACAAAUGUACAGCAUACUGAAGAGAACAGCAGCCAAGUGCUCCCACAUCUCCCAUGUCUACAGCAUUGGACGCACUACUGAGGGCAGGGAUCUGCUGGUGAUUGAGUUCACCAAUAACCCGGGACAGCAUGAGUUAUUAGAGCCAGAGAUCAAGUUGGUGGGCAACAUGCAUGGCAAUGAAGUGCUGGGUCGCCAGCUGCUCAUCUACUUGGCCCAGUACCUGUGUUCGGAAUAUAUCCUGGGAAACCAAAGAAUUCAGACCAUCAUUAACACCACUCGCAUCCAUAUCCUGGCCUCCAUGAACCCCGAUGGCUAUGAACUAGCCGCCUCAGAGGUAGAGGAUAGCAAUGAUCCGGAGCUCAACAACCAGGAAGGUCACUUGCUGAACGGUUGGACCAAUGGUCGGACCAAUGCCCAAAAUAUUGACCUGAACCGGAACUUUCCGGACCUUACUUCCGUAUUCUACCGGAACCGACGCAGCAGGCACUACCGUAUUGACCACAUGCCAAUUCCUGAUGCAUACUGGUUUGGGAAGGUGGCGCCAGAGACUUAUGCAGUGAUGAAGUGGAUCAGGUCUCUGCCUUUCGUUCAGUCUGCCAGUCUCCACGGAGGGGACCUGGUGGUCUCCUAUCCUUUUGACUACUCUAGACAUCCUCAUGAGGAGAGGAUGUUCUCCCCCACUCCAGAUGAACAGAUCUUCAAGCAGCUGGCUCGCACAUAUGCCGAUGCCCAUGCCACUAUGUCAAACAAUGACACAGAGAGGUGUGGAGCCUCCUUUUAUCGAACUCGGGGCAUCAUCAAUGGAGCACUGUGGUACAGUUUUGCUGGUGGUAUGUCAGACUUCAAUUAUUUACACACUAACUGUCUCGAGAUAACCGUGGAGCUCGGAUGCGACAAAUUCCCCUCAGAGGUUGAGCUUUACCCAGAAUGGAAGAGGAAUAAGGAAGCUCUCCUCAGUUUUCUUGAGUCUGUCCACAGAGGAAUAAAGGGAGUAGUUAGGGAUGUUGAUGGUAAUGGGAUAAAAGGUGCAACAGUCUCCAUCAGGGGUAUUAGGAAAGAUGUCACCACAGCUGAAGAUGGAGACUACUGGAGGCUGCUUAACCCUGGAACUCACAUCGUGACAGUCACAGCCAAGGGUUACUCCAGGGUCACUAAGAGAGUUUAUCUGCCUCACGCCAUGGACAAGGCUGGACGUGUCGACUUUGUCCUGCAGAAGGUUCCCGUGGAGCCUGAUAUUGAUGACCACCUCUUCCCCACAGUAGACACAUGGGAUCGAUUUGACCCCUACAACCAGUUUGAGCGUUACAGUGAUCCAGAAGUGAGUGAGAGAGGGAGAGAGCGGGAGGAAAAACCAUGGUGGUGGAACUACUUCUCCCAGUCUGGUAUCUCACCUCCAACCUGGCUGCUGAGAAAUGUCUAGACACAUUUGGGACAGUAAAGAUCCUGAUGUACCACCACCACCACCACAGAGGGAGGGGGGGACCAUUUUACACCCAGCCCCACUGGUGCUCUCAGAGGCGUUUAUGUAGCAGGAGCUGUGACACUAAACAGCAGUAACCAAACACAUUGAAGUACUUCCUGGAAGGAUGUAAAUUGGCUUUUUUCCCCCACCAGGCAACACAUUUAAUUCUGGCCUGUGAGGGAAGUUUGGGCCAGCAUUGCUUUGAAGCUGCAUUUACUGGGAUAUAAAAGAAAUAUGGGUGCCACAAUCAUACCUUUCAUAAACGGCAUCACAGUGAAAGUGACGGCACUUGUUUUGAUAUUAUGCUUGCAGACCACAGUUUUACACCAUUGCAUUGCGCAUAAAUUUGUCUAAAUUAAAAAAAAGAAAUGUAAUUUUUUUUUUAUGGCUCUCCACAAGUACAUUUCCUGUAAGAUUUAUCUAAAUUGUAUACAGCACACAAACAAUGCAAGUGAUACUGUUUAAACCCUCUGGACCAGUAACAGCAUGUGACACGGAGCACCAAGCUUGGAUUAGCAGCAAGACUGUGCCAUCUGAAAACAGCAGAAAAUCUUGCUUUUUUCCCCACAAGCUUAAUAA